CGCAAAUACUAAAGGAGGUCACCUUGAAAUGUCAUAUAAAAUUUAAUAAAGUUAUAAUUUUAAGGUGUUUUUGAUUGUAAGUGAACAAAGAAAUAAAUAUGGGGGGGAAAUGGUCAAGCAUGGAUCCUUCUCAAGUUGAAGUACCAGAAAUAAAUGUUUUAUUAGAAAGAGAUCCGUAUUUGAAACCUUAUGAAAAUGAAAUUCGUAAAAGGUACGCAUUAUACAAGGAUUAUUUGGAAAGAUUAGAAACUGGUGAUGGCAGUUUAGAAAAAUUUUCAACAGGAUAUAAAACUUUUGGAAUUCAUAUAAAUGAAGAUAAUAGUGUUACUGCAAAAGAAUGGGCACCUGGUGCACAAGAAUUAUUUUUAACAGGAGAUUUUAACAAUUGGAAUACAACAGCUAACUCUUAUAAAAGAUUAGAUUAUGGAAAAUGGGAAUUACAUUUACCUCCCAAUGCUGAUGGCACUUGUCCAAUAAAACAUCUUUCAGAAGUUAAAGUAAUUGUAAAAGACCAUAAUAAUGAAUUGCUAGAACGGUUAAGUCCUUGGGCUAGCUAUGUUACACAAAAUCGUUCUGAAAGUGCUACAUACAAGCAACGUAUAUGGUAUCCAUUAUCUAAAAAUAUUUAUAAAUUUAAGUAUCCAAAACCAAAGAAACCAGACAGUCUUAGAAUUUAUGAAUGUCAUGUGGGUAUUGCAACUCAAGAAUUCAAAGUUGGUACAUAUUUAGAAUUUGCUACAAAUAUAAUCCCUCGCAUUGUAAAACAGGGUUACAAUGCGAUACAAUUAAUGGCUAUUAUGGAACAUGCUUAUUAUGCCAGUUUUGGGUAUCAGGUGACUUCCUUUUAUGCGGUUUCAUCCCGUUAUGGUACGCCAGAAGAACUAAAACAGUUAAUAGAUGUAGCGCAUCAACAUGGUCUAUAUGUUUUAUUGGAUAUGGUGCAUUCGCAUGCAUCAAAGAAUACUUUGGAUGGAUUAAAUAUGUUCGAUGGUACCGAUAGUUGUUUCUUCCAUUCUGGUAAUCGCGGCCAACAUCCUCUUUGGGACAGUCGACUUUUUAAUUACGGAGAAUACGAAGUAUUGCGAUUUUUACUUUCGAAUUUACGUUGGUAUAUCGAAGAAUAUGGCUUUGAUGGAUUUAGAUUUGAUGGUGUUACAUCAAUGUUGUAUCAUUCAAGAGGAGCUGGACAAGGUUUCACUGGUCAUUAUGAUGAAUAUUUCGGUCUGAAUGUUGAUGUUGAAGGUGUGGUAUAUUUGAUGCUUGCAAACUAUAUGUUGCAUCAUUUAUAUCCAGAAAUUAUUACAAUAGCGGAAGAUGUUAGUGGAAUGCCUGCAGCUUGCAGGCCUGUUUUUGAAGGUGGUAUAGGAUUUGAUUACCGAUUAGCUAUGUCUAUUCCUGAUAAGUGGAUUAAACUUUUAAAAGAAGUAAAAGAUGAAGAUUGGAAAGUCGGAGAAAUUUGUUGGACAUUAAGUAAUCGAAGAUGGAUGGAGAAAACGGUAGCUUAUUCAGAAUCUCACGACCAGGCUCUCGUAGGUGAUAAAACAAUUGCAUUUUGGCUUAUGGACAAGGAAAUGUAUACUCACAUGAGCGUAAUAAGUCCGCCAAAUCCAAUCAUAAAUCGUGGAAUUGCUCUUCAUAAUCUUAUUACGUUAAUUACACAUGUAUUAGGAGGAGAAGCGUAUUUAAAUUUUAUGGGUAAUGAAUUCGGUCAUCCUGAAUGGUUGGAUUUUCCUCGAGCUGGCAAUGGAGAUAGCUACCAUUAUGCCAGAAGGCAAUGGAAUUUAGUAGACGAUGAAUUACUAAAAUAUAAAUUCAUGAAUAAUUGGGAUCGUGCUGUAAAUACCCUCGAAGAAAAAUAUGGAUGGCUACAUGCUCCUCCUGCAUAUGUAAGUUGGAAGCACGAGGAUGACAAAGUAGUUGUUUUUGACCGAGCAGAGCUUAUAUUUGUUUUUAAUUUUCAUCCGGUAAAGUCAUUUCCGGAUUAUCCUGUCGGAGUAAAGACUCCAGGAACUUAUAAAAUCCUUUUAUGUAGCGAUAACAAGGAUUUUGGUGGAGAAAAUCGUGUUGAUACCAGUGUACAACAUUUUACCAUACCAGAGUCAUUUUCCAACUACUCAAAUAAAAUGUUGAUUUAUAUUCCCUGUCGCACAGCUAUUAUCUAUGUUCGAGAAACAUGAGUCAUGGACAUGGCCAAAAUAAGGACUGAUUUUAAUGUAUCCUAUAUAAAGAAAA